CUGCGCGAGCGCCCGGCGCAUGCAGGCGCGCGCAAGAUGGAUGCCAAAAUCGUUGUUGACCUCCUUUACUGGCGAGACAUUAAGAAGACAGGAGUGGUGUUUGGUGCCAGCUUGUUCCUGCUCCUUUCAUUAACAGUGUUCAGCAUCGUGAGUGUGACAGCUUACAUUGCCUUGGCCCUGCUCUCUGUGACCAUCAGCUUUAGGAUAUACAAGGGGGUCAUCCAGGCAAUCCAAAAGUCUGAUGAAGGCCAUCCGUUUAAGGCUUACCUGGAGUCUGAUAUAGCUGUGUCUGAAGAGCUUAUUCAGAAAUACAGCAAUGUUGUGCUUGGUCACAUUAAUGGCACAGUCAAAGAGCUGAGACGCCUGUUCUUAGUUGAUGACUUAGUUGAUUCUCUGAAGUUUGCAGUGUUGAUGUGGGUAUUCACUUAUGUUGGUGCCUUGUUUAAUGGUCUGACAUUACUGAUACUGGCUUUGAUUUCGCUCUUCAGUGUUCCUGUUAUUUAUGAGAGACAUCAGGCCCAAAUUGAUCAUUACUUGGGACUAGUGAACAAGAACGUCAAAGAUGCGAUGGCCAAGAUCCAAGCAAAGAUCCCGGGGUUGAAGCGCAAAACUGAAUAAAAAAAUGUCUGAAGCAACUUAACGAUAGGAAGUUCAACUUAUAAGGGGGGAAAAUACUCAUCUGGAUUUAUGUGGGGAGGGUCAGGGAAUAGCAAAACCCUUGACAUUGCAGUGCAAUUUCACAGAUCUUUAUUUUUUAGCAACGCAGUGUUUGAGGAAAAAUAACUGUUUUGACUGCCAUGUGUUUCAUCAUCUUAAGUAUUGUAAGCUGCUAUGUAUGGAUUUAAAACUAAUCAUCUUUCUUUAUCCUGUGUGCAGCACUGGCUAAUACAGACGAUUUGAGAAAGCUGUACAUUUGCUUCAUCAGAGGUAGUCCCUGCUGCGUUCAGGAAGGGGUAGUGCAGGUGGGUUGGAGGGUAACACUUCCCAGUUUGUGCACUGUGUAUGGUCUGUGUAGAUUGCAGAUUUUCUAAAAUAAGAUGUUUUAGAAGAAUAUACCAUUUUAGCAAGUUUUGAAAAAUCUUGCCUUUUUGGUAUGAGUAUAGCUGUAUUGUGAUUUUAUUGUUUUAUCAAUUGCCAAUAUAUAUAUAUAUAUAUGUGUUUCACAAAGCUUAGAUCUCUCAGCUGCUCCACAGUGCUUCAUACUUCGAGAGGUGACUGAUCUCUGGACUAGCUCUGUAGCACACAAGCUUGAGAAAUCAAAAUGUCUCUGUAACCGCGAUCGGCUCUUUAGAAGAAACAAAAAGGAAUGAACAAAGGAAUUUCCAUCUAUAUUAAAAAAAAAAAAAAAAAAGUAACAAAUUACAGCAUACACUCUGCACAAGCAUACAGUAGUUGAUUUUAAGUAAAUACUUAUGCAGUCUCUCAAACUCUGAUAAUCUGUGGACCGAAUAUUAAGGCUGCAAUUGUUGUUUGGAAAUGUAAAACCUUGUUUUGCAAGAAAUUAUAAAUGAAGAUUUAUACACUUGCAGUUUAAGCUGUAUUGAACUAAGUCUGUGGAAUGCAUUGUGAAAUGUAAUAAAAAAAGAAAAAAACAAAACAAAACAAAAAACCCCAAGUAUCAAUAAAGCUUACAGA